GGAAAGAGAGACGGGUUCCAGCUGAACCAUCCGUCAGAAAUAAGCCUCCCUUCCUCUCACCUUGGUCGACUUCCAACAGAAAUAGAGCUCCUACAGCCGGCAGGAAGUGGGGAGCAGUCCGCCGGCCUCCGGGUUGAAAGUCCUCAGGCCGGGACACGUGGGCAGAGGUAGAGCAGCAGCUUUGGAGAUGUGGCAAACUUCCUCCUUAAACCAGAGUGCCGCUUUAGCUUCCUAACCUUUAACUUUUUAAUUUUUAACGGGACUUCCUCAGGCUGACGUGACCCACCUGUUUAUUAACUAGGAGCGUCAGUACCGAAGAUGAGGCUGCUGACAAAAUGAAGCCGUGAUAAAAUGAAGCCAAGCCUUCAUCGAAUCCUUGCAGUUGGAACAAUCCCUUAAAGGCCAUCUGGUCCAGCUCCCCUGCAAUGAACAGGGUCAGCCACUGCUCCACGAGGAUCUCGGAGCCCCCUCGAGCCUGACCUUGAGUAGCUGCAGGGCUGGGGCACCACCUGCCUCUCUGGGCAGCCUCAUCAGUUAUAGAUUAGUUUGUAUCUACAGCAUAAUGACAGACGGGAAGACUACUCAUUAACUUUCUGUUUAAAGAAGUGGUUUGUCUUACCCCAGCCUUUUCCAAGGAAAGAAACAUUUUUUAGCAAGAGGUUCCUUGUGGUGCAACCACACAUUUUCGGCAUGAGCUUGCUAGCUGGAUGCAUUGGAAGCAGUUAGCAGCUGAUGGCAGUCCCAGCUCAUGUCCCCUUGUUGGGAACAGCUGGCAAGACAGAAGAGCAAGAACUAGCAAGAUUACUACCACAACUGUUUUCAGCUCAGCAGAUCUACUGGCUUGUUUUAACUGCAGGGCGAGUUUACACUGGAGAUUACACUUCAGUGCUCUAUCUUAUUAAGGGAAGAUGUUUUGUCCAUUAAUCCAAUUAGCAUUGUAGGUUAAUAAGACUGUGUUUCCUGAAGCAGAGCAGUCUCACAAAUAACAAUUACACCUAAACACUUAAGCAAUGAGAAAAGAAAUACCAGAGUGGCAUUUCCCUACGUAUUCUACUUAUUCUUUUCCUGCCUACUCUACUUACUAUGUUCUACAAGCAAUGCUCUCUAGUUACAUGACAACUUCUCAAUUAGGAAAUCACACCAAACAGCUAAAGGUGCUGAAAACAUUUACAUGUUGAUAAAAUUCCCUUUCUCUUCAAUAUAGGCAGAUAGGUUCCAGCCCAGGGUAACAUUUUCAGUACCAAAGAAAUGUAUUCAGCUAUGAAGGCAUAAAACAAAACAUGUUGUUACUCUGUCAUCUGUCCUGGCAAAGGGCACUUUCCAAUCGGAGCCACUGCAAACUCAGCUGCAGGUCUGGGUGUUAGAACACUCGGCAGCUCCAUUCUUCAGAUGCAUUCAGUUGUUGGCAUAUUUUCCUCUUUGGGAACACACAGUCCUUAACUUCAAACACUGCCCUUACGCUACUGACACAGAAAACAGAGAAACUUGCAAAGAUAAAAAGAAACUAAACAAAGGGGAGCUAAUACUUUCAGAAUAGCUCAACUUACUGCAGUAGCAUUGUUCCCAUAAUAGCUCCUGCUUGGCAAAUUACAGUAUAUGGAAUUCUGGCAGAAGGAGGCACACAGGGAGAGCAGCUCCACAGCUGCAGGAGCUGACGGAAAGCCGGAGCAGAUCCUGUCAGCCACCCAACUGAGCCAAGGGUUUCCGAACUACAUUUCCCAGAGCUCCUGCUGGGGGAAGAGCGACUCAAUGUGGUCAGACAGCUGCUGUUCGCUCUGCGUGCUGGAGGAGCUGUACUUCCAGCUGAGGACAACGGUGGCCUUCCAGAGCUGUUUCCUGCUGCUGCAGACAGCACGCCUUCUGCUCCGAGUGCAACAGAAACAGCUUCCCAUAGGUGCUGAUCAUGGCUGCAAUUUAUCGAGCAGCGUAUAGAAGAGCUGCUCUCUUCUGCAGGUCACACUCCACCUAUAUUAGAAAAAUGAGAUACUUGAGUAAGCUAAAGGAAGAUGACAUCUUGUGUAGACAAGCCCAGACCUCGGGAACUUUCUGCAUCUUUCACAAUCUCUCACCCUUCCUGCAGAAAGUCGGGAAGAAAUAUUUGAUACCACAGCUCAGUGCAGCAGAAAUGAAAAGGAUCCUGGAGAAAUUCAGAGAGACUGAACAGUGGAUAGAGAAGUCGGUGCUGAUUGGUUGUUCAGAUGAGCACGUACCACACUUUGCCCUGGAUUUAGCAGGAGCCUUGGAAAGAUCAGUCGUUGAGGCUGAGCUCAAGGGAUCGUUCACUGACUUACGAAAGGCUUUCUUUGUAGUGGAUGAGAAGGAUUCUUCUUUGCUGGCCUCGGCCCAGGCCCUUCUCCGCUGGCACGAUUCCCACCAGUACUGCAGCAAAACCGGGCAGCCGACUCAGAAAAACGUAGCUGGCAGCAAGCGCGUGUGCCAUGCCAGUGGAAUAACUUAUUACCCACAGAUGUCUCCAGUAGUUAUCAUCUUGGUGUCUGAUGGCAGCCGCUGCCUCCUUGCACGACAGGCUUCGUUUCCUCAGGGGAUGUACACCGCUCUGUCUGGCUACUGUGAAGCAGGUGAAGCUGUGGAGGAAGCAGCCCGGCGAGAAGUGGCAGAAGAGGUGGGCCUGGAGGUGGAGUCACUCUGGUAUUCAGCAUCCCAGCACUGGCCCUUCCCCAGCAGCUGCUUAAUGAUAGCUUGUCAUGCAUUGGUGAGGAGACAGCAGUUGGAGGUGAGUGGACUCGCAUUCCCCCAAGGCAUUUCAAUGCCAGCCUUACAUAGCAGAAUCUCUUUCGGUCCACAGACUUUACCUUGGAUAGCAUCAGCUCCUCUCUAAAUGCUUUUUCAGCUAGCUUCCUAUAAGUGAAAAAGAGACUGGAAAACAACAAUUGCUUCUGUUGUAACAUGCAAAAUUUUACACAGGUCACUGAAUGUACAAGCACAGAUCAUGCUUCUGCAUUUUUUCCCUCUUAACUUUGCAGAGCAGUUACCUUCUAAUAUUCAGAACAUUAUCUGCUGUAGAACAUGCAGCUUCUGCUAUGUUAAUUACUGUGAUCAGACACUAGUACUUUGCAGGCCAAUGCCACAAUGGAAUAGGGCUGACUGACUUGUGGCUUCGCUAAGGAAACAUCAGUGGGCAGUCAUGUCCUCUCCUGUGCUGGCAUCAACAAUUAAUUCCAGCAUGGAUUAAUCACUCCAGGGAUUCUAGCAUGGGAUCUUUGCAGGAGCAAGAACGAGGGACUGCUGCCCACAUUUGAAGCUGAUUUAAGGAAACUGGUACUCCCCUAAUUCUUUCCAGAUCAGUGUGAACAGCCUGGAGCUGGAGGAAGCCCGCUGGUUUGGCCUGGAAGAAAUCAUGGAGGGUCUCAAGCGAGAACCCAGAUCUGCAAAGCAAGACAAUGGAAGUUUUUUACCCUGGUUCCCUCCCAAACAGGCCAUUGCUCACAAACUGAUCAACGAGUGGGUUAAGCAGCAGACUUCCCAGCCAAGUCAGGUGCUAUGAAUUCAUUAAGCCUGUACCUCUACCGGGAUUACUAAUGCUUGACAUGAAAGCUUCCACAGCUGAAAUCUGUUGUACAGCAGGUGUAAUCUGAUGGCAAUCCUACAUUUGGAUACAGAGACCUACACAUUUCUGAUCAUCCUCAGACAACUCCUUGCACAGUGGAUCACCUUUGAGAUCCAUCAACUUGUAAUAAAUGCACAAUAAAAUUCUUUGUCCCAAAGCA